AGAGAGAGAGUGAUUUCCUGACAAAAUGCAAAAUGAUCAGUUAUGGAGUUUGUAAUCCAUGACAACUUAUGAUUGUAAUCAGACUCCUGAUUAUAAGACUUGCAGUGUAGUGUGAACAGUAUAGCGAUCCGAUGACUUUAAAAGUUUUAUAGUGUGAGCAAGGCAUUAGAUAAAAAGAUAAAAAUCAGAUGCAGGGAUGAACUGUAUCCGGUCUUCAAAGGCUUUAUAGAAAUGCUGACACCUUUGAGACUGUUUGGCUGUUUGCUCUGACCUCUCCUGAGGUCUGUCCCCUUGUCUGCAUUUACAGCCUUCUCUCCGGGUUAUCUGCUUUAUGUGAAUGUGACGUCACCCAAGACUCUGCUGAGGAUCCCCUUUCCUGAGGCUGCCGUGUGGUACCUCACACUCCAAAUGCUCUGCCCUGGAAAUUUUAGCGAGUGUGGCAAUGCCACGAGCACGGUGAUGGUGUCGACGUACCUGAGCGCGUGUAUCGACGACUGCGGGACCUACGGCGAGUGCAGGCUGCUGCGCUCUUACAGCUACCUCUACGCUUCCUGCGUCUGUAAAGCCGGUUGGCGUGGCUGGGGCUGCACAGACGACCGCACCGCGCAGACCUACGCACACCAGUUGACCGCCGCUCUGCUGCUCACCCUCAGCAACCUGCUGUUUGUUCCCCCCAUCGUAGUGGCUGUGUACCGCUGCUACAUUGUGGAAGCCUCCGUGUAUCUCUUUACCAUGUUCUUCUCCACGUUUUACCACGCAUGUGACCAGCCAGGCAUGACUGUGCUAUGCAUCAUGGAUUACGACACACUGCAGUACUGUGACUUCCUGGGCUCGGUCUCCUCCAUCUGGGUCACCAUCCUUUGCAUGUCUAGGAUCAAGGACACAUAUAAAUAUACGCUCUUCAUGCUGGGCACCUUGCUCAUUGCCAUGUCGAUGCAGCUGGAUCGCAGGGGUCUGUGGAACAUGCUCGGCCCCAUUCUUUGUGCUCUGCUGGCGAUGGUAUCUGCCUGGAUCUACCGAGGAGUGAAGCGCAGGCAGUGCUACCCGACCACCUGGAAGCGCUGGGUUUUCUAUUUGCUCCCUGGCAUAGCCACUGCCAUCGUCGGCCUGUCCGUAUACAUCUUCACGGAGACGGAUGAGAACUACUACUACACACACAGCAUCUGGCACGUCAUGGUGGCCAGCAGUGUGGUGUUCCUCUUGCCGCCCCGCGAACGCCACGAGGAGCCGUGGGGCUGGUCGCAGAAGUUCUGUGGCUACCAGAUCUGCAAGAGUGAGAGGGAGGAGCUCUACACGGUCACAUGAUGGGUGCUGUCCACCACCUCACCCAACACUUGUGAGUCCCUGUAAAUAUCCUAAGGCCUAGUGUCCACCAGGACUGAGGGUUCAAUUUCUUAUGCAUCUAUGCUUUUACAGGAUAUUCUUCAGAAAAUGUUGUGGUUUGAAGUGCAUUUUGCACCAAUUAACUAUUACUAGUCUAUUUCUAGUUAGACUCAGAUGUUAUGUUGAACCAGUUAUGUUUCUGGAAUUACAACUUGUUUUGGAAGUGUUUAAACAUAAGAUGUCUAAACAGAAAAAUCUUAAAAUAU